UUUUUUUUAGAAAAUAUAUUUUCCAACAAAUGUCUCCCACCUGCAGAUAAACAUGAGUUAUUCCUUCCGUGUUUUCAGACUGCAAGGUUGACAGCAGCGUUUAACUAUGUGUGGACCCAUUUGUAGCCAAAGAAGUUCGAGUUUCACCCUAGAAUAAUAACUUAAGAAAAGUAAAAAGGAGACCGCUGUUAUGGCUACACUGAUGGAUCUUUGGAGCUAGUAUGCAUGUAUAGCAAAGAUUUCAUCUACAAGUCCUUCAUAAUUUUUGAGGUGACAUUAAGAAAUUAUAAACGAGAAAAACUUGUGUAUGUAUGGCUAGAAAGUGAAUGGAGGACGUGGCACACAAGGCAUCAAGUGAGAAAAGCUAAUGAAUGGAGCAGAAGAGCUCCGGAGCAGUGAUGGAAGAGUUUAAGACACAAAGGUUUCAACUGCUGGACCUGCCAUGGGAAGAUAUCCUAGUACCACAUAUUCUCCGUUUAGUGCCACUGCACCACCUUAUGCGACUCCAGACCGUCAGCAAGCAGUUUCAGGCACUCGUCCAAAUGUAUGUGGCCAACUGCCGCCACUUUACUGCUUCCCAGGUUGGUCCACAUCUACCACGGGAGGCAUUUUGCAAUAUGUUGAAAGAUAAUAAGGUACUGCAGGAGCUUGCCCUCAGUAUUUGCUCUGAUUGGCUGGCUGAUAAAGAACUGCUACCAGUUCUUGGACAAAACCAUCAUCUUUUGUGGAUUGACAUGACUGGCUGUGCACAACUAACACGACAUUCCUUGGUUGCUGUCUCUCUGAACUGUUCUAACCUUCAGCACAUCUCUUUGCGACAUUGUGAAUGGGUGGACAAUCUGUCUCUCCGUAGUUUAGCAGACCACUGCAGUAAUUUAGAGUCCAUUGAUUUAACAGCCUGCAGGCAAUUGAAAGAUGAAGCAGCAUGCUAUUUGGCUAAGAAGUGUGUAAAAAUGAGAAAUCUGUCAUUGGCUGUAAAUGCCAACAUAACAGAUACAUCUGUGGAGGAAGUUGCCAAGUCUUGCCCCUUGCUGGAACACUUGGACCUGACAGGUUGCUUACGUGUUCGCGAUGGUGCCAUAAGGACAGUAGCAGAGUACUGCACUAAAAUACAGUCCCUCAAGGUGAACCACUGCCAUAACGUCACAGAGUCAAGUUUAGGUAUCCUUCGAAAGAGAGAUGUAGAAAUUGAUGUGGCCCCACCACUCCAGAGAGCACUCGUUUUACUACAAGAUGUCGUUGGUUUUGCACCACUUAUUAAUCUUCAGAUUUAAGAACUACAUAAAUAAGAGUAGCACUGAUUGGCAGACUAAAAGAUGCCUAAAAUGGUGCUAAAAUUAAAUUUUCUUCAUCACUUUGUGUAGAUUACUGAAUAACAUUGCCAUUGAGAACAACGGAGAAAAUUAGGGAAUAUAUUAAGGACACAUCUGCACAAUAUAGACACCAGUGGUAAAAUAUGUGGUAGUGGCUUAAUUAUGAUUUUGGUAGUUUACGGUUUGAUUUGAAGAGAAGAAACCUUCAAGUAUUGGUCAGUCAUUAAAGCCCCCUUAGAAAGCUAAA